UCCUCCUCCAUUGCCCUUUUCCUCCUUCCUUGGCCGCCUUCAUGUGGACGUCAUGGGAAAAGAUUAAGGUGCCUCGCGGCGCCACCGCCAUCGCCUCGCCGCGGCUUCCCAAUCCCAAGCCCUCCUCCCUCAAGGACGUCCGCGGCCCCCUUGACGAACCCUCCUCCCCCUCCAUCGCCAGGAGGCUGUCGCCCAAGGCCGUCCUCCACAGCGUCCGCUCCGCCUCCUCCGUCCUCCGCUCAUGGCGGUCCUCCCCGCCCUCCCCCUGCGCGGAGAAGCGGAUCGUCCUCUACUUCACCUCCCUCCGCGUCGUCCGCAAGACCUUCGAGGACUACCGCUUCGUUCGGUCCAUCCUCCGCGGCCACCGCGUCGCCGUCGACGAGCGCGACGUCUCCUUGGACGCCGGCUUCCUCGGUGAGCUCGGCCGCAUCGUGGGCCGCCGGCGGGGGGUCACCACGCUCCCCCAGGUCUUCAUCGGCGGCCGGCACGUCGGCGGCGCCGACGAGAUCCGUCAGCUCCACGAGACUGGGGAGCUGAGGCGGUACGUGGAGGGGGUGGCGCCGGUGCCCGCCGGCUCCUGCGACGGCUGCGGCGGAGUGCGCUUCGUCAUCUGUGCGACCUGUGGCGGGAGCCAUAAGUGCUACUCUCACAAGGGAGGUGGCGGAGUCUUCCGGAGCUGUCCCGCCUGCAACGAGAACGGGCUCGUCCGCUGUCCUCAAUGCCGUACCUCCCCCGCCAUCUGAUCGAGAUCGGACGGCGGAGACAGAGCUCCGGGGUUAUUAGAUGAUGCGGGAACAGUCCGAGAUGGCGAACGCUUUCGCGUUCGAAACAGUCUCCAAAACCCGCUUCUUUUAUUGGGUAUAUUUAGC